AAAUGUCGUUCGGUCCAGAAACUUUUAUUCUUUUCGGACUUCUCUGGAGCUUGGUUAUAUUCCAAGCCUUUGCUGAUAUUUCCCUUAACAACUACGCAGAUUCGGCUUAUCCCAAUCGCUGCGUUAUCGAUAUUGGCUCUUCGUUGGUGCUGCUCAAAUUGGGCGAGGCAUUUCGCCUAAUGUCCCUGCCCUGUACCACUAUUUUCUGCAGUGGAGAUGGCUAUGGUUUACUUUUCACCUGCGAUAAGAAAGUACCACCGGAUGAUUGUCGCUAUACGGAGUAUCUGAACUGGGAUGAUGACUUUCCAGAUUGCUGCAAUCGCAAACUUGAGUGCAAUUGAAAAUUCUAGUUGGUAAAUGUUUUUUGUUUUAAAUUAGGUCAAUGUCAUGAACUGAAAUUUUAUUGAAAUUAGCCAAGCAGCUAAACACGAGCUGAAUAAAUCGAUUAGACCCGCUGAAA